AUGGACUACCUCGAAAAGGAUUUUAAUUCUGAAAAGAACCGAAUUAAAAGAGAAGCCUAUCGAGCAAACCAUACCAGAGAACAAAAGGUUGAAGUUUUGGAGAAAUGGAAGUUGUUCAUGAAAGAGGUCAAAGCAGAUUAUCCUUUCUUUGAAUACUUUGAGAAACAUUUCAAUUGGCAUAAAAAGAACUGUGUCAAAUCCAAACUUCCUUCAAAACCUACUCCAUCACCAAAAGUUAGGCAUUCAAAAAGGAAAAUAGAAAUUCCAAUUUCUCCUUUACCUGAAGUCCAUGUCUUAAAAGCUCAUAUAUCUUCUAGUAGUUCUAAUGAACCCUCCUCAGAAAGUGAAAAAGAGAAAGAACCAUUAGACGAUCAGCUUGGUGAUUCACCCCUACCUCCUCCCAGGAUAUGGAAAUCCAAAUAUAGAGGAAACCCAGCCGUUAAAAAUUUCCACAGAGAGAAGAUAGUUUCCAGAGAAUAUAGACGCCAGAAAUUGGAAGCGAGAGGCAUCUAUAGAAAAGGAAAUACCUUAAAACUCCUCAAACCUAAAGCAAAAGGAAAAUGCUUUAAGUGUGGAAAAAAGGGACAUAUCAAGAAAGAAUGUCCAGGCAAAUCCCCUACCCAUUCCUUAGUGUCUGAAGAUAUCUCCAAAAUCCUAGAACUUGACCAUCCAGAAAGUGAGUCUCCCAACAGUUCUAUUGACCGAGAAAUCUGUCAGAUUUACCAAGAUUCAUCCUCUCCUAGAAUUCCAGAUAGCACCUCUAGUAGCUCAGAUGAAACCAUUUCAUGCACAAACAGCUGUUGCAGAAACUACACUGUUGAAGUUCUUUCUAAACAAGAAGAAUUGCUCCUCGAUCUCAUAGAACAGAUCAAGGACCCUGAAGAGAAAGCUCAAAAGCUUAGUGAGUUCCAUAAAACCCUAGUCAAGGAAACAAGCACAUCCAAACCUAGGUUUCAGGAACCCAAAGUCGAUUUGGAAAAAAUCUACAGCAGGUUUACCAAAUCAAAGAAAGAGGUAACCAUCCAAGAUCUCCAGAAAGAGAUUAAGGAUAACAAAGUUGAGUUGAGAAACCUUAAGCAGGAAUUAACCAUCCUUAGGGUUGAUCAUGGCCUCAUAGACUUAAGAGUCAAAAAUCUAGAGUUUACUUCACAGCAAGGCAAUGAGGAAGGAACCUCAUUACAGAACCCUUCUGAUGAAGAAGUUGAUGUUACAGUUAACCCUACUGCAGAUAUGGAACCAGAACCAUCCAAUGGAUCGUUCCUGCACACCAUCAGUAGGAUUAAUUUCCAGAAAUGGCAUUCCAAAGUCAGGAUUGUCAUAAGCAAAAACUUUGAAUUUGAGGUUAUAGCCCUAAUAGAUUCAGGUGCUGAUCUCAACUGCAUUCAAGAAGGAAUCAUCCCCUCUAAAUACUUCCGGAAAACCAGAGAACGGUUAACUUCCGCAAGUGGAGGAAAAAUGCAGAUUGAAUUCAAAAUUCCAAAUGCACAUGUAUGCCAAGACAAUACGUGUUUCAAAACCACCUUUGUCCUUGUCAAAAAUAUGACAGAUAGGGUCAUCUUAGGAAACCCAUUCAUGUGUCUGUUAUAUCCUUUCACCACGGAUAGUGAAGGAAUCACUACCCACCCUUUUGGCCAGCCAGUCAAAUUUAAGUUUCUUAGGAGUCCUAAACCUAAAGACAUCAAUAGUCUCCAAGAGGUUUCCAUCUCCAAGACCCUUAAUCUGAUUAAUGCCAAAACCCAACACCUUAAGUACCUUGGAAAUGAACUAAGUUACAAAAGGACUGACGAGCAAUUAGCUUGCAAAGAUUAUCAAUCAGACAUUAGGAAGUUUGAAGAUAUACUUAAGCAAGAUGUCUGCUCAGAUCUUCCCACAGCCUUUUGGCAUAGGAAAAGGCACGAAGUUGCACUCCCUUAUGUCAAAGAUUUCCAUGAAAAGAACAUCCCUACCAAAGCCAGACCUAUCCAAAUGAGUCAAGAACUUAUGGAUACUUGUAAGGUAGAAAUAGAAGAUCUUCUUAAAAAGGGAAUCAUCAGAAACUCUAGGUCACCAUGGUCUUGUCCAGCUUUUUAUGUCCAGAAAAACGCUGAGAUAGAAAGAGGUGUCCCUAGACUUGUCAUUAAUUACAAGCCCCUUAACAAAGUCUUAGAGUGGAUUAGGUACCCUAUCCCCAACAAAAGAGACUUAGUUAAUAGGCUUAGUAAAGCAGUGGUUUUCAGUAAGUUUGACAUGAAGAGUGGUUUUUGGCAGAUACAAAUCAGUGAGUCUGAUAGGUACAAGACAGCCUUCACCACACCCUUUGGUCAUUACGAAUGGAAUGUAAUGCCCUUUGGCCUCAAAAAUGCACCUUCUGAAUUCCAGAAUAUCAUGAAUGAGAUUUUUAAUCCAUUCUCCAGUCAUACCAUUGUGUACAUUGAUGAUGUACUCAUCUUCUCAGAGUCCCUAGACAAACAUUGGAAGCAUCUCAGAACAUUCUUCCAAACCAUCAAGAAAAAUGGUCUUGUUGUCUCGGCCCCGAAGAUUAAACUCUUUCAGACAAGUAUUAGGUUCUUAGGUUUUGAUAUCAGACAUGGAGUCAUCAAACCUAUAGAUAGAGCCAUCCAAUUUGCUGAAAAGUUCCCUGAUGAGAUCCUAGAAAAAACCCAACUCCAGAGGUUCUUAGGAUCCCUCAAUUACAUUUCUGAUUUCUAUCAAAACCUUAGAUCAACAAUGCAAGCCCCUUUUUGA